CGUGGUGUAUGGGGAGCAAGAGGCGGUUUCCUGCUUCCCAGCUCCGAACAGCUGGCGGGGUUUGAAAGGGUGCGUGCGGCAGCCCAGCGGAGCCAGCCCAGGCUGCGACCGAGGAUCUCUGGAGAAGACGAGCAGCCCCUGGCGUGCAGGGAGCGAGGCUGGGGCGGAGGCGCCGGCUGCUGCCACCCGGGGCCAGGGCAGGCUCCCGCUGAGCCGCGCCCGACUCGCCCCGGCGCUCCAGGGGGCCCCGGCGGCGCUGCGCCCGGGGAGUUGCUCCGCGGAGGACCGGCUGGGCGCGUAGCGAGGCGGGAGCCGCCCGUGUGCAUGCGGCCGGCGCCGCGGGGAGCCGGCGGGGCAGCCCGGGAUGAGCGGCGGGGAAGUGGUGUGCGCCGGCUGGCUGCGCAAGUCGCCCCCGGAGAAGAAGUUGAGACGCUACGCGUGGAAGAAACGUUGGUUCCUCCUGCGCAGUGGUCGGAUGAGCGGCGACCCGGACGUCCUGGAAUACUACAAGAAUGACCACUCCAAGAAGCCUCUGCGUGUGAUCAACCUCAACUUCUGUGAGCAGGUGGACGCAGGGCUGACCUUCAACAAGAAGGAGCUGCAGGACAGCUACGUCUUCGACAUCAAGACCAGCGACAGGACUUUCUACCUGGUGGCCGAGACAGAGGAGGACAUGAACAAGUGGGUUCGCAGUAUCUGCCAGAUCUGUGGCUUCAACCAGUCUGAGGAGAAUGCAGACACUCUGAGGAACAUUCCCUUGGUGAGCCAUGGUCCGCGCUCCUCCCCAGCCGAGCUAAACAGCUCCAACCACCACCUGCUCAGAGAACGCAAGUCAUCAGCUCCCGCCCACUCCAGCCAACCUACCUUGUUCACUUUCGAUUCACCUGCCAACCACGUCCAGACCACCUUGUCUGCCAGCGCCCCACAGGACUAUCUCUUCCUGCACCAGUGUAUGAGUCGAAAAUCAGAAAAUACAAGGAGUGCCAGUUUCUCCCAAGCCACAAGGUCCUCAUUCUUCAUGAGGAGCGACACGGCCGUUCAGAAACUCUCCCAGGGCAACGGACACUGUGUGAACGGGGUCGGCGGGCAAGUCCACGGAUUCUACAGCUUGCCGAAGCCCAGCAGACACAAUUCGGAGCUCAGGGACAGUGCCUACGACCUCCCGCGGAGCUUUGGCUCUUACACUCACACCAAAGCCAGCCUCACGGGCUCUGACACGGAUAACGAGGAGGUCUAUACCUUUAAGACUCCCAACAACACCCUGUGCAAGGAGUUUGGGGAGCUCUCCACGGACUCCUAUGACAUCCCCGUCACCCCUCUUUCUGUAUACCAGAUCCCAAGGACAUUCACACUGGACAAGAACCACAACACGCUGGCCGUGGCCUCCAGUGAUUCAUCCGCUGCUCCCCCACCCCGGCCCCCUAAACCAGGGCAGAUAGAGUCACAGUGGGGCAGCCCCCAGCAGCGCCCGCCGAAUGGUGAAAGCAUAGGUAUGGUCUCCGUGGCGGCUACCAUUCCCAGGAGGAACACAUUACCAGCAGUGGAGAACAGCAGACUACAUCGAGCUUCUUCCUGUGAGACUUACGAAUACCCCCAGCAUGGUGGCAGCAGCACAGUUCAGUCAGCAGAGUCUGUGAAUGACGGGUUCAACUCAUAUCUGCAAGCCAGAGCCGCAGUGGCUCGCUCCCACAGUGCUGACUCCGAGGACAAUUAUGUCCCAAUGAACCCAGGCUCCUCAUCCCUGCUGAACAUGGAGAAAGCGAAUGACAAUUCCCAGAAUCUCUACAUCCCCAUGAGCCCUGGUCCGCACCACUUUGACCUGCUGGGAUUGUCCUCGACGACCCUCCCAGUCCAUAAAGGAGGAGCCAUUUCCCAGUGCCACAGGCGGCUGAGCGAAAUCCAACCCCCUCCGGUCAACCGCAACCUCAAACCCGACCGGAAAGCAAAGCCAACGCCUCUGGACCUGAGAAACAACACGGUCAUCGAUGAGCUUCCCUUCAAAUCGCCCGUCACCAAAUCUUGGUCCAGACCUAUCCAGACUUUCAACUCCAGCGCCUCACAAUACUGCCGCCCGGUCUCCACCCAGAGCAUCACCAGCACUGACUCGGGAGACAGUGAGGAAAACUACGUGGCCAUGCAAAAUCCUGUUUCUGCUUCUCCGGUUCCUAGUGGCACCAACAGCCCAGCAGCAAAAAAGAGUUCAGGGAGUGUGGAUUAUCUAGCCCUGGACUUCCAGCCAAACUCACCUGGGCCACACAGAAAGCCCUCCACAUCGUCAGUCGCCUCAGACGAGAAGGUCGAUUAUGUGCAGGUUGACAAAGAGAAGACACAAGCCCUGCAGAACACCAUGCAGGAGUGGACCGACGUCCGGCAAUCAACAGAGCCCAUUAAGAGCAUGAAGCAGUAAUGGACGGGGCAGAUGGGGACAGCCAUCCAGACAGGCAAAUGUCCAACGGGUUUUCCCAGGCUGGGGUUCCCCUGGGUAUGCGAGCUCACUUUGGGGUUGCAUUUCUACAGUACUGUUGUUUGGGUCUUUUUUUUUUUUUAAGAAACUUAAUUUCAGGGGAAGACUUGGCAGAUAUUGUUUGCCAGUGACAAAGACCAACUACUUGCAGUGGCUGGGUUUGUGCUGUUACUUUAGCGGCUGGAUAUACUGUUUAGGAACUUAAAACUUAGCAAUACUGGGCUCACAAAUGCCCUGCAUGUCUUUUGCUUACAGCUGUUAUUAAAGCCACCUUGUACCUGCUAACACUGUAGUAUCUCUCUCAGUCUUCUUCCAUACUGUACACCUGAACUGUGCCGAAUGUAUACUGGUUUGGUGGCGUCCUUUACAGGACACGGAUUCCCGCUCCAUACCAUAUGGUAGUCCUGACCUCUUCAACCUCUUUAAAAACAAUGGGCAACCGCCAGGUCUAAUUUGUACUUGUUUUAUUAUCAAAUCGCUUGUAAAUAACGAACCGACAUGCAUUUGUAACCUGGCACGUCUCCAUCAGGCGGCAUGGCUUGCAUGCCAAUACCUGUGGCCAUUCUGCAGCUUGUAAAACGCCCAGACUGACCGACUGGUUGAGACAACCUUAGACCUCCAGGGCUAAUCGCCCCUCCCCCACAGCACACACAUAAUGUAUCAAACAGCAAGAUUUACUGAGGUGCCUCUUCUUUUUAAAUGGGUAUUGUUGGCAGGGUGGAGUUCAAAGCUCCCCAAAAUUAAAGGGCUGGCGGGAUCAGCUUGUGAAAGCAGAAUUAAAGGACUAGAGGCUUGAACCCAAUGGAAGUCCUUUCACUGACUUCAGUAGGCUCUGGAUCUGGCCCUGAGGGCCAACUUCUGCCCAGGGCAGCAGCAUUUGCAGCCCCAUUGGGAGACAAUUCUGCUGCCGUUGAAGUCAGCAGAAGCUUUGCCAUUGAUUGCAAUGGGAGCAGGAAAAGGCUCCCCUGAGUCUGAGUGGAGAAUUAGGCCCAUGUGUGACUUGUAUGGCUUAAUGAUGAGUACGGGGGAUGGGAUAUGAGGCUGUCGACAAGGAUCUGGAGAGCGUAGAUACUGUACCAAGGAAGGAGUGGAACUGUUUAAGAGGCCCAAGGAGGUAGAGCUAGGUGUGUAAUGCAAUGGAGUUGAGUGAAAGAAAUUUAGGCUACUGGUGAGAUCUUCAACUGGGGAAUAGUCUCCCAAGAGGAGUCAGGGCAGUCCCAUCACCUGAGUAAUUUAAAACUGGCUUAAAUAAAGCAGUGAAGAGCAUGCUGUAGGAAACAACUGUGCACUGGGCCCUAAGAACUGAUCUGUGCCUUCUGCCCCCAUCUCUAGUUGCCUCAGUCCUGUGGUUUGCACAGUGCGCUGCCUCAACACUGAGUCAACACUACAGUAGCAAUUGAUGUUGAUGAAAUUAGCAAUCCUCAGCUCUAAUGAACAAUGAGCACCUAGAUACAUAGGGCAGUGAGCUCCAGGGUCUUGUCUGAUCUGGCACUUUGGGUUCAUCUUCUUCUAAGCACUUGCCCCUCUGAGAGGAGUGAGAAGAAAAGGAGAAUCUAUUGCCUGGAUAACAAUCGGUAAACGCAUGGAUAACAAUCCAUGAUGCCGUAACAAUAUGGAGGAACAACGAUUGACAUUUAAUGGUCUGAUUGCCAAACAGAAUGCUAGAAACAUGCUAACCACUGAUUUGGACAAACAGCAUUGCUAUAAGCUAAGAGUUAACAGAAGGAUAAACCAAGAGGUUAAGAUAAUAAACGCAAUGAUUAAAGAACUCAGAGUACCUAUUCUGCCCCGACUCCUCCCCCCUCCCAUUGGUGGCAGGGAUGGAUGACAAAGAGUGAGAUUUUCAAAUGGGCCUAAACAAGUUAGACACUACAGCUGGCCAGAAAAUGGAAACCAAUUCCCAUGAAAAAGUUCAUUUUUUGUUUUUAUAAUUGUCCUGAAUUGGGAUCAAAAGUCCAAAAUGACAUUUUCACAGGAAGGGAUUUUCAGGAAGUCAGAGGGAGAAUGGAAAAUGGCAUUUUUUGGCUUCCCAUCUGCCCACCCAGGAAGAAAGCAAAACAGCAGAAGCCUUCCAGGCCCACAGCCGGGGAAGUGACAUUUUGAUUUUUCCAAAUGGAAAAUUGAAAAAUUUUGGCAAAAUUGAAAUUUUCCCACAGAAAAAAAAUUGCUUUUUGAAAAAAGGGCAUUUUCCAUCAGAAAACCAUUCUGAUGGAAAAUCUCAACCAGCUCUAUUAGGCACCCAGUGCCCACUGAAUGUGCUAACUCUGGCUGAGUAACAUUUGUGGGGGAUUGAUUGUCAAGACAACAUCACAUAUAUAUUGUGUGGCACUGACGCAAAAGCAGUAGAAUAGUGAACAUUGCAAGGCUGGUUCUAAAGUCAUGGGGGUGCCAAUCCUGGUUCUUUGACUGUAGCCAGCACUACUACGAUGCAUACACAAACAGCAUGCCUGUGAGGCAGCUAUCAUGGUGGAUGGCCAAUAUACCUCUAUAAAAUCAUGCACACAUCAUGAAUACAAGUAAGAGCUGUGCAUUUCCUUGCAGCCUCAUGCUCAAAUGACUGCCAAGCUGUAUGUGUGCUGAGCUAAAGCCACCUACAGACACUGCCAUCAUCAGCAGGGGAUAGAAUGCAGAACUGCCAGCAACAAAAACACAGGUCCCUACCACGUGAGCAAGAGGAGUUUCUCCAUUAAUAGUAAGUAGCUGGCUACUCUAGUCACAAGGGCUAGCUAUGAGAGGGAGACAUGAUAACACACAUGCACACACACAUAGAACCAGUGUAUUACAAAUGCACGGUCAUACCAUGAUACUUGCAAAUACUUUCAAAUUGGAAUGCCAAUUAAAAACAAACCCAAAGCCCGAUUAUUAAAAGACACACAGUGAAAUGUACAAGAGCACACCACAAAUAAUAUAGCCCAGGCUGACACUAUAACCGACGCCAUUCACAUUUCUCCAAUGCCUUCAUUACACGUUACACAGGCAUUUGCCUGGAUUGUAUAACUCCUGGUGCAAUCCUGGAAGCAUCAUUAUGAAAGACACUAGGCCAAAUAAAAUGUAUCACCUGGUACUGUGGGGCUUUGGGGUGCUCCCACUGUAUGCAGAACAAUACACACGAAGGCUGAAUGCCUUCUGCUCCCCAGGUAGGACUGAGGUCUGUUGGCAGGGCAGGAUGGCGGUAAACCUGUGCCCCUGGCCCGUGCAUCCAUAGAGAAUAUCUGUCUCCAGGACUAACCAUCUGGUGCCUUUUAACAGACAUUAAUUAAUUCUCCCUGAGCCUGUACUGACUUAUUCACAUUUAGUGUCUGCUCCAGAACGGGUGACAAACAGUGUCAAGCUCUCUCCCAAUAGUCUACAGUCAGCGAGCUUCAUCUCAGGGGUCAUUCCAUCCAAGGGCUUCAUGGUUGCUGUCUGGGUGGAAUUUAUCCCUGCGCAGAGGGCCAGCAUGGGGGUCUAUGUCCCGCCUAAGCCCUAUUUUGGGAUAGGGUCCUGCUGUGAAAUUGAGGUCUAGCCUCGCCUCCUGGCUCCAAAGGGCAAGGAUGUUUGGCUCCAGGUUUUUGUGAGCCCAGUCAAUGUGUUCGCUAUGAGGAAUGCCUUGGAAGGAGAGUUAAAAUACCAAGCCAUGUUUACACAUCGAGAGGGGGCUCAUACAACUCAAACCAUUGACAUCAGUGAAGCUACACCUGAUUAUAGUCCAGUGUAAGCAACAGGAGAAUCAGACCCAUCAGGUGCUUUAGAUAUUCAACCCAGGACAGAGGACCCAGAUGAAGGCCCUCAGUGGGGUGCAGGGCUUUGUCUGGACUUUCUAUUUUGGGGUGCAUUUCACUUUGAGUGGGGAGAGCGGCAUUGCCAAUGUGUUUGUUCUUUUUCAGUUUUUAAAUAAAGUUCCUUCAGCAUCAUCAAGAAACCAAUGUCACUGCAACACUUUUAAUAGUGGGGGUGCUGAAAGCCAGCCCCCUUUCCCCUGUCUGCCCCCCCAUCCCACCCCCAGAGCUGGGGCCGGAAGCAGGGUCGUGUCUCCAGGAGGGGGGACCCAGACAGGGGUAAGGGGGCCAAGGCUGGGGGUAGGCACAGGGCCAGGAGAGGAGCCUAGGGUGUGGGGCCAGCAGCCAGGACCCUGAGUGCGGGGCUGGGAGCAGAGCCUGGCAGAAAACCUGGGGGUGCUGCAGCACCCCCCGCACCCCUAGUUGCCGCACCUAUGCAAGCAACAAAGUAAUUAUUGCUUAUUAUUAUUGUUUGGGCAUUAACAGCUCUUCCAGAUCUGCCCCUCCCCGCAUCCUGCAAUGAGCACGGCAUGACCCAAAUGGAUCCCAUUGUAGGAUGCUGCUCUUUUUGAGAACGUUGUGCUGCCUUGCAAAACUGUCCUGAAAUUUUACCAACCCAGGCACAUCGUCUACUCUCCUUCCCUUUACCCUGCAAAAGGUUGAUGAUCAUGAAAAAGCUAUAAGGAAAUUUUGGAAGGCUGCCAUGAUGGUAUUUUACAGGAAAAAUAAAGCAGGUGUCAUAAUGGGUCCAAAUAAAAAGAAUACUAAUCACUGUGGUGUUGCAGGAAAAAGCUAAUCGAAGGGGCCAGCGUAGAUCUCUGUUUUUCAUAGUGCUGUGAGGGCUUUAUUGCCAGCAAGCUACUCUGUCCCAUAUACAGCAUCUGACUCUUUCUGCCGUGAGACAAUGCAAGAAGCGCAUGAUAUGUUGCACUUCUCUAGCUCCUUUCAUCGUAGAGCUCAGUGGGCCUGGUCCAAAGACCACAGACAUCAGUGUAAAGCUUCCCAUUACAUUCAAUAGUCCCAUGAACAGGAUCUUGGCACCCCUUGUCGUCUAAACAUUGCAGCACUGUGGUACUUCUUGAGACCCAGGAAGUGGAAAUAAAUGGAAACAAAAGCAAAACUGAUUCAGCUCUUCUCAUUGGGAUUUGCAAAAAUGUAACAACAAAAAUGGCAUACACACUGGGAAGCAAAUAACAUUUUUAAAAUUCUUUCAAUUUUAAUGCUGUAAAAAUAUUAUCAUUAACACAGACAAGACUCUUUUUUUAACACGAUAUGAUUAUGGCCUCACAAUGUCCCUUUAAUUUAUUAACCCUUCAGGUUCAUUUCACCCGCCAGUGGACUGCAGCCACCGCUGGUGUGCAUCACAACAACUAUUUUAACAGCACACAGCAGUAGCACCCCACAUUUUAGGACAGGCAGGCCUCUCAAAAAAAUGUGAUUAUUACAGAGCUGAAACUGAAGUCAGCUUCAGACAGGAAACAUAUAAACUAUUGGGCCUGAUCCAAAGCCCAUUGAAGUCAAUGGAAAGACUCCUAUUGACUUGAAUGGAUGUGAGAGCAGGUUCUAUGCUCAUAGUAAAUGGAUACACGCCCUACCUGUGUGACUUGUAGCCUGCGUGCACAUAUACUCAGAGCUUUGGGCAUUCACCAGAAGAUGCAUGAUCAGAAAUUCAUUUUCUCUUCACAUCUGCGAGGCUGGAGAGAAGUUGUACUUGCCAAAUGGCCACAUGCUAUUCGGAUGCUACUGUAUAUCCUGAAAGUCAGGGAGCUGAAACAGGAACAGCCUUUGGCAUGUUAUGACUGAUAUCAGUGGCAGGACGGCUAGAAUAGCAGAUGAGCUGUUCUGUGUGGCAGUCCCAUUGUGCAAGCGAUUGCUUUAAUUCCACACCAGAACAUUCAGUCAAAGGCAAAAAUCUCUAAUGUAACACUGUCGUGACUGGGAACAAGACUUGGAACUGGUGAUCAACGUUUCCCACCUUGUCCAAGUAAAUUUUUAGUACAUACGUGUGUGUGUUCAGAUUUACUUUUAAGGCAGCUACAGACCUCCUGAAACUGCUGGGUGCCUCUGCUGCUCUGCUCACAGGUGAGCACUCAUUAUGUUCUCCCUUUCACGUUGUUCAGGAAGGCGGCACGUUCCUCACACCUUCGUUGCACAGUACUGUGCACGUAGUCGGUGCAUACUCAAUAAUAACCUGCAUGCUCUGUGCAUUAUGGUGCUCUGCCUUCACUUUUAGGGGCCGAAGUAUGUUGACCUGCUAUCGGUGGCUGCCUUGACAAAAGAACUCACUCCUGGUGUUCAAUCCCUGGUGAAUGUUUGUGCAGCAUUUCUGCUUAACCCAGCCCGAAAACCAACGGCUUUAAAUGCAUGGGCAUCAACGACGUUGCCCAGAGGGAACUAGUCUAUUGCGUCCCAUCUGCACUGGGACAGCCAAGGAAGAGUGGCUUCUUGGUUAGAUCUGGGUAUUUUAGGGAGCUCAAUGCAUUGAAAAUAAUUAAUCUUAAAUGCAAAUGAAAGGCUUGGCCUGAUUCUCAUGCCAAGGCCUCCCGUCUUUGUCAUCCCACCUAGAAAAAAAUGGCAUGUGGUGAUGAAGAGAGGUUGAAUUUUUGUCAAGCACUGUGUCAUUUUUCUUAUUGUUAUGAUAUAACAAGAUCCUGGCACAAAACCCUCAGCCAUACCGAGCUCAGCAGAUAUUUUUUAAGGGCGCAUGUAUCCGAAAGCACGUAUCACUUCUCGCAAGUUACCAGCUAUGAGCUAUCCAUGCCCUUGGACUCCAUUAGCUGCCUGUAGCUGAUUUGCUUAGGGUUGGCAUUCAGUGUUGGGUGGGAAAUGAAUUGCCUGCUGCUAGAAAUGGCUUUGGGUUCUAGAGUUAGGCUUACGCUGAAGUAGGAGAAAGAAAAGGAGUGGGUGUAUUGUACAGGGGAGGAGUGGCGUGAUUCACAGACAGAGCCCAGCUCUUGCCCUGUACAGUGUGGUUGCUGUCGGCUGGGGUUUGGGAUGAUUUAAAUCAAGCCAGAUGAAUUUAGAAUGCUGUGCUUAGUCAUGGACACCAGCCAUUUAAAGGGUUCCCUGGCCUGUCUCUCUGGGGAAUUAUGUAAGAGGAGGAGCAGGUCCUAACGAUCUGAGAGUAGACCUGGAUAUUAGGUCCAUUCUGGUCCUGACACUUAACCCCUUCCUUUGGGACCCCCUCUGCCUGAGUUUCCCCCAGGAAUAAUAAGGGGUCAGCAAAACAUACCUGACUCACAGGGAUGCGGUGAGGAUUGCUAAUGAGUUAAAGCCCUUUGAAAACACAGGCCCUGACUCUGCAAAGGGCUGAGCACCUUUGGCUCCACCAUUGAUUUCAGUGGGGAGCUGAACUUGCUUGGCAUCCUGCAAGUUUAGCCCCAUCCAGCUGUGGGCCCUUAUCCCAUGAAGUUCAGGUGAGCUGGUCCUAUAGAACGCCAGCUGUAAGCAGGUGCACACUUGGUAACAGCCCAGAGAUGGCCAGUGAGAAGCCCUCACCAAUAGACAGUAUGGCACAGAAGCGCAGAUUCUUAGAGGUGCUUUGGAAUAGGGAUAAACAGCAGCCCAGGUAUCUGCGUGGGAAUGUUGUAGCAUUCCAGGUGAUCCCGUUUCUGUGUCUCCUUUGUCUGUGAGGAGAUAACAUGGCUGAGACCCGGCGUGUGGUUCCAGAGCUUCGCUCCAGGCCAAGAAGGGCUCUUCUCCCUCUGCCCAGUCUCCUGUGAGGAAAGAGGCCAGAGGCCAUGCAAUUCCUUCCAAGCCGCUGAGAUGUAGAGGAGUCUUUCCACCCUCCCAGCCUUCAGCUCAGAGGGAAGAGAAGCCCCAAGCCCAGACCUGGCACAAGGGGAGUCACCCCACAAUGUCUGUAUCAGCAAGAUGAGCAGGGACUGGGAGUCGGGAGACCUGGCUUCUUGCCUCAGCUGAGCCAGCCACUCUCUCUGUAACCUUGAGCAAGUCUCUUGGGGUCUGUCUACACUGUGAUAAAAAAAAUCUAUGGCACCGAGUCUCAAGCCCGGGGCAGCUGACUCAGGCUCCGGCUGCUGGGCUAAAAAUAGCAGAGUAGGUGUUCAGGCUCUGGCUGGAGCCUGGGCUCUGAGCUCCUCACCCACUUGCAAGGUCUCACAACCCAAGCUCCAGCCCAAGCCCGAAGGUCUACCCUGCAAAUUGAUAGUCCCACAGCCAGAGCCCCACAAGCCCGAGUCAGCUGCCCCAGGCCAGCUGCAGCCAUGCUGCGGCGUAUUUGUUGCUGUGUAGACGUACCCUUACUCUUGCUGUGCUUCAAUUGCCUGCCACGUAAAAUGGAAAAGGUGACUUGAUGGGCCUCAGUGAAGUACACUGAGAUGCACAGGCAGCUGGUGCUGUGGAAGUGCACGUUGUUAUUAUUAUUUAUUGAUUGCCCGUUGCAUUAUUAGGUGACGUGUUGUGAGUGGGCAACUUUGGGAUGUGAUGUCAGGAAGUGGGGGGUCACAAUUAUUUCAUGACCCCCUGCAGCUCUGUUCAGUUACACGGUGGUUCCCCCAGUUCUGAGCGCACAUGGAAACCAGAUGGUGAGAGACAGGUGUUAGUUAGUGUCUCUUGCUGUGAAGGGUUUUUGGUGCUUUAAAAGAAGCCAGAGAAAUCUCCCAAAUCUCUAGAGAAUGCCUUCUGCCCCAGGCGUGAGAGAACAGGCUGUUUUCUGCAGAGGUGGAAUUCACACAUUGAUUCAAUGGUGUCACACUCAUUGUAUCCCAUCUUAUGAUGUAGCUAAUCUGCUAAAAGCAUGAAGUUCAGACCCAGGUGUUGUGAGUUUUACUUCCAUAUUGUAGUGGUUAAUUUUGGCUGAUAAAUUGUGCAGUUCCACGGGGGACGUGGACUGGAUUACCCUGAAAGAGGGCAGAGACGGUAGUGUCCUGCAAAGAUCCCAGCCACAUUCCUGGCCAGGCCUUUGGAACAACCAAAUAAAAUGUUGGCCCCCCCCAGUAAAUCCUACCCAGGUUUUGUACAGAACCAGGUGCAUGCUGGACAGGACUCUAGUCUCUGCAGUGUGACUGCCCAUGCAAUGCCAACAUGAUCAAUAAGGCUUCUACUAACGUUCCUCACAAUCAAGCCGCAGUGCUUUGUUUUAAGGAGCUCCCAAGGGACAGAAAGGAGUGGAGAUUCCCCACUAAAUAUAUGUGUAUAUGAGCUCUGAUUAGAAUCAGCCCAAAGUCAGCACUAGGAUCUGUACAGUACCUUAUUAGGCCUCCUCAGUGUAACAUGUAUGAAAGAGGACCAAUGCUGAAUGGUAGCCAUAGCUGUGAGUGGAGAGAAUUCUGACCUACCCACCCUCAAGUCACAGGGACUAAGUAAAUUUGAGUUUGUAAAUGUGAAGACUGAAGGUCCCAAGUUGCUGUCCCUGUAUCAACCACUUCCUUAAUUCCACUGCAGUUUUUCCUUUCAGUGCUCUCCUGCGCUAUUUCAGUUCAAGUACUUCAGAUCACAGCUGAAAAGCACUAAGAUGCUCUUAUUUAUGCACUGAUAUUAUGACUGUUAAUGAUAUUCCUGCAGCUUGACAGCUGUAGUUUUAUUAAAUCAUUUCUUCCAUGGCCAUGUCAGUGGCAUCCGUCCCUCUGUUGGUCUGUCCUCUGUCUCCUGUCCUCUUGUCCAUCUCUACAGUUCUUUGGGCUGUAUUGUUGAUAAGGUCACCACAGUGCUGGUUCCCAUGGGAAAGACCCGAUAGUUAAGGCUUGUAGGGCUGCCAAAGUGUCAUGAGAUAUUUCCCAAGCCAGCCCAACGUCACAUUUAUUCCCCUGUGCAUAUAGAUGGCAGGGUCACCAGUUGCAACACAAACAGAUAGAACCCAGGACUGUCAGCUCUCUCAUUUGAGCAAAAAUAGAUUUUCUGUCAACUCACAAGUGGUAGUAGGGCUUUUCUAUUCUGUAUGGCCACUCAUUAGACGGUAGUGAUGCAUAAACAAAUUGGAGUGUGGGCUACACUCGAGAGAAGUGGUUCUCAACCUAUUUACCAUUGUGAGUCACAUAUGCAGCCCAGAAUGUGUUAUGUGGGCCGCAUCCACUACUAUUUAUAUGUCCCCGAGGAUGUCACAUGGGCCGCAGCUCUGUGCUGACGAGCUGCAGGUUAAGAACCACUGCUCUAGAGGGCUGAUCACAAGACUGGGCACUAAGACAAGUCAUGAGUUCUCAGCCCAGCUCUUCUGCUGACUCCCUCUGUGGCUUGGGAUGAGUGUCACUUAUCCUCCCUGGAUCUCAUUUCCUUUCCCAUUUGUAAAAUGAGGAUACUACUACGCAUUUCCCUAUCUCACAAGGGUGUUGUGAGCGUUAAUUAGUUAAUGUCAGGAGAUGCAAAGAGCUGUCAGUCGUCUGUACAUUACUGGAUCACUACAUGAUGAUGCUGCACCUUGGUGUUAUGACACCAAAUGUCACAAUGCCAACCUGGAACCAGGAUGUCCUACUGGAUAAAACCCGUUAAAAGCGCUAAUCCUAAAUUGUACAGGUGAAGAAAGGUGAUGGGAGAAGGUUUUUUACACAGUUUUGAAGCUCUGCUAUCAUAUCAUACAAGAAAACAUCUGCCACUUUAAUGAGCAAUUAAGAGCUCCUGGCUGGAGAGCAAUGAAUACAGGGAAUGUAACUAGGGACUUGGUCCUGCAUCCAUUGGACUCAAUGGGAGUUCUGCCAUUGACUUCAGUAAAUUCAGGACCAGAUCCUUUGAAUAAUCAAUAAGGCCCAAUCCAAUUUCUACUGAAUUCAACAGACUCCCAUUAACUUCAGUAGUAAUUAGACUGGACCCAUUUACGUUAGGAUAGCUUUUUUAACUGCUGUGAGGCAUGUAUGACUGGCAGCUUUGAAGUUGUUGAAUCUGCAGCGUUUUCUCGGUGAUAUUUUGUGUGUUCCAAAGUGUAUGACUGUUCUUAAACAGGAUUGUAGGGUAUUUUUUUCCAUUUGUAGAAGUCAGAAAGGACAAAAAUAAUCAGUAGCAAAAUGUACAGUCUGUGUCUUCUUGUGGUGUCGCUGUUUGAGGUGGUUAUUAAUUUUUCAAAUCACUGUGGACAACUAAUCACUUAAGUUAUUAAUUUAUUCAUGG